AUAAAAUAUUUAAUUAAACGUCGUCAAAUUUAAUUGUUAUACUUAUUGUACAACAAUAACCGAAAAUAUAUACAUGUAUUAGCAAUAUAUGUGGUAGAAUUGAUAUUCAUAUGUAAAAAACCGAAAAAAUAAAUAUUAUGGAACAUCAAAAGAUAUACACAAAAGAGAAGCCAUACCAGUGUGACGUUUGUGGCAAAUCGUUUACUCACAGUAAUAAUCUGACAGCUCAUAAGCGAAUUCACACGGGAGAAAAGCCAUACCAGUGUGACGUUUGUGGCAAAUCGUUUACUCACAGUAAUAAUCUGACAGCUCAUAAGCGAAUUCACACGGGAGAAAAGCCAUACCAGUGUGACGUUUGUGGCAAAUCGUUUAUUCAGAGCAAUAGUCUGAUACCUCAUAAGCGAAUUCACACGGGAGAAAAGCCAUACCAGUGUGACGUUUGUGGCAAAUCGUUUAUUCAGAGCAAUAGUCUGAUAGCUCAUAAGCGAAUUCACACGGGAGAAAAGCCAUACCAGUGUGACGUUUGUGGCAAAUCGUUUACUCACAGUAAUAAUCUGACAGCUCAUAAGCGAAUUCACACGGGAGAAAAGCCAUACCAGUGUGACGUUUGUGGCAAAUCGUUUAUUCAGAGCAAUAGUCUGAUACCUCAUAAGCGAAUUCACACGGGAGAAAAGCCAUACCAGUGUGACGUUUGUGGCAAAUCGUUUAUUCAGAGCAAUAGUCUGAUAGCUCAUAAGCGAAUUCACACGGGAGAAAAGCCACACCAGUGUGACGUUUGUGGCAAAUCGUUUACUAACAGUAAUAAUCUGAUAGCUCAUAAGCGAAUUCACACGGGAGAAAAGCCACACCAGUGUGGUUGUGGCAAAUCGUUUACUAACAGUAAUAAUCUGAUAGCUCAGCGAAUUCACACGGGAGAAAAGCCACACCAGUGUGACGUUUGUGGCAAAUCGUUUAUUCAGAGCAAUAGUCUGAUAGCUCAUAAGCGAAUUCACACGGGAGAAAAGCCACACCAGUGUGACGUUUGUGGCAAAUCGUUUACUAACAGUAAUAAUCUGAUAGCUCAUAAGCGAAUUCACACGGGAGAAAAGCCACACCAGUGUGACGUUUGUGGCAAAUCGUUUACUAACAGUAAUAAUCUGAUAGCUCAUAAGCGAAUUCACACGGGAGAAAAGCCACACCAGUGUGGCGUUUGUGGCAAAUCGUUUAUUCAGAGCAAUAAUCUGAUAGCUCAUAAGCGAAUUCACACGGGAGAAAAGCCAUACCAGUGUGACGUUUGUGGCAAAUCGUUUAUUCAGAGCAAUAGUCUGAUACCUCAUAAGCGAAUUCACACGGGAGAAAAGCCAUACCAGUGUGGCGUUUGUGGCAAAUCGUUUACUCAUAGCAAUAGUCUGAUAGCUCAUAAGCGAAUUCACACGGGAGAAAAGCCACACCAGUGUGACGUUUGUGGCAAAUCGUUUACUAACAGUAAUAAUCUGAUAGCUCAUAAGCGAAUUCACACGGGAGAAAAGCCACACCAGUGUGGCGUUUGUGGCAAAUCGUUUAUUCAGAUCAAUAAUCUGAUAGCUCAUAAGCGAAUUCACACGGGAGAAAAGCCAUACCAGUGUGACGUUUGUGGCAAAUCGUUUACUCAAAGUAAUGGUCUGACACUUCAUCAGCGAAUUCACACGGGGAAUGAGCCGUCACCUAUUUGCACCAUGGUAUAAUUUAAGAAUUAUAAUAAUAAAGAAGUUACACGUUAUACA